AGAUAUGAUUGAGGAUUAGUUGGUUGGUUUGGGCAAGUGGUGAAUUCAAUUAGCCUAAAGGACAACUGGCGAUAGAAGCAGAGGUUUCGGUCCAAAAGCGUGAUUCAGCGGUCCAAAUUAUUAUUAAUUUUCUUAAUUAGAUUAUUAUUGAUUUUAUAUGGCGUCAAAUUUCCCACUCAUUUGCCAAAUUUGCCAGGAAACUGCUCAAUUUCAUCUGAAUUCUAUAUCAAAACCUCUGUUUCAAGGAAAUUUUUGUUAAAUUAAAUGAUUAUGGUGGAGGAGGGAUCAGAGAGGGCAUUGAUGAGGAGCUUGCAGAAGGAGCAAGAAAGAGAACGGCGUCGUAUACGUGAUAGGCAGAGAAGACAAUCCAUGAGUGUUGAGGAGAGGGAGAAGCAUCUCGCUAGACGCCGGAGAAACUAUCAACUACGUCGUCAGAGAGCUGAAAAUGCCCGCUUGGACCUUCGAGUUAAUCAAAAUACAACCACCACCACCACCACCACCACAUCCACCACCUCCUCCUCCACCACGCUCGCUGCCAAAAGUAACGAUUACCCACCAUUGAUUUCCGUUUCGAUUGUUGAUGCCCAAUGCAAUGUUGGUCUCAAUUCAGGGCACAAGAAUUCUGUAGGUUUGGAAAUUCCGGCUCAUAUAUUAGCUAAAUUACCCAGAAGAUUGCGUCUAAACCAUUUGAAACAUCUGGCGAGGUCACUGGAUGAUCCUGUAGAUAUUUCUAAUAAUCACAUAAUUGCUGCAGAUUUGAUCAUUAGGGGAAAUGUAAACGCAAAUUCCAGUUGUGUGCCUCCGAAAGGGUUACGAUUAAAUCGUGUUAAAUGGCUUGCCCGGUCUUUAAAUUCUGAUAUUGAAAAGGCUAAAGGUGAAAAUCAUCAAAGUCACGAGGAAGUAGAGCAAAAUCUGUCGAACAGGGAACUUCAGCUUCAGAUGCUUAGUAUGAGUAACAAUGUGUCAAAAGUUGAUCAAACUUGCAAUGUUAAAUGUGGAAAAGAAUGGUUUUUGCCUCUCUGAUGGAUGCAUUUCUCUCCUAAGCUAUUGAAGAAAGAUGAUGGAUGAAACUAAUAAAGCUCCUCUGCAUUGUCUCUCAUUUAAGUAUGCAAUUGCCAGAUACAAACAGCAAAAGAUGCUAGAACAAUGGAGCAUUGUAGAUAUAGAAUUUGAUGAAUUUUAGGCUGCAAGAAUAGUAACUUAGGCCAAAGGCUUGAGCUUGGUUUCUCUCCCUGAAUAACCGGGGCAUUAAUUUAUUUUAUUUUAUAUAAAUAUAUCCAUAUUUUUUUUUUCCACCUUUUGGGUUUUGGACUUGUUGGGAGAGUACGAUUUUCACUGUCUCGAAUUGAAUGUCAUCAUUCAAGUAUUUUCUAUGUAAUGGUAUCAUUAGACAAAUACACAGAUUCGGGAUUCAUUGGCUAUACAGAUUUUGUAGUAAUAUUAGAUUAAUUCUUAUUUUUGCCCUUGAA